UCCCCCACUACAGCUAUAAAAGCACCUGAUCUGCAGGCGGCGGGUGCACACGACUCAAUCUCACCACCGCAUCGAAAUGAAGAUCUUCUUCGCCGUUCUGGCCCUUGCGGCCGCCGCUGCUGCACAGUCAGUGGACACAUACAGCCAGGCGGCUCUGGACGUGCAGAGCAAUCAGGGCAACAGCGACCCCAACGACCACGGCCUUGCUCCUCCCCCGGCAGACCACGUUUCCCCCAUCGCCCGCCACAUCCUGCUCCCCAGCCCCCAGGAAGAGCUGGAACAACCUGAGCUCGUCAGGGAGAAGCGUCAGUUUGGGUACGGUCGUCGCGGUUACGGACGUCAUCGUGGAUUCGGCGGUCGUCACGGCGGCUACGGCGGAUAUGGUGGCUACCCUGGCGGCUACGGCGGAUACGGCGGCUACCCUGGCGGCUACGGCGGCUACCCUGGUGGCUAUGGAGGCUACCCUGGUGGCGGCUUCGGCGGCAGCAGCUCCAACGCCAACGCGCAGUCGUCCAGCUUCUCCAUCGGCGGCGGAUUCGGACCCUUCCAGGGCUCCAUCUCGAGCAGCCAGGCCAGCGCCAACUCUGGCUCCUUCGGCUUCGGCCGCUAACCCUGAGGAAGGUUAACUCGACCACUCGCCGAACACACAUCCCGCACUGCCGGUGCAUUUCUCUCGCCAACGAUUGUUCACCUGAAUAUUCACAUCGCAUUUUUGUAAAAUCGAAAUCUCAUCUCAUCUACUUCUUAAUAAAACGUGAUUUUAAAUUAUUUAAAAAUAUAAA